AGCUGAUCAUGGUUCAUACAAUUGAAGUAGGUGACACAGGAAGAGUAAGCGAUCUCAUGACUCUUGAACUAGACUCCACAAAUCCACCAACCAAGAAAAGGUCCAUCCAAACUGGCGUCUCGGUUUAUUGCGGUACAACAAAAAAAAAGCUUCAUGUUACUAGACCAUCCUCCUCAUCCUCAGCAUAUAGAACAAGUAGAAAGACGGGAAGCACCCACAUGAAUAGGAAGAUUUCCCGUGUCAAUGUUCCCAUGCUCAGCUCUGAAGACAUUUCUGCAGAUAAUACUCCGGUCAGAGGAUCAUCUCGUAUAGUUGAAAUAGUCGACCUGAAAUGUGGAAAACCUGAGGGAACGUGGCCUGUCCGAAUCACUACACGACUCAAGAAACUGGGCUUCACAAAACUGACGUCUUCUAAAUCUGGCAAAUAAGUUAUUAGUCUCU